CUUUCCCUUUUGUUCGUUGGCAGUCGUGCGUGUCCCGGUUGACUGUCACCCUUGUUAUCUCCCAAUAUAAAUAUACGUUUUGAUAUUACCUACCACCCUUUGGCUUGACUCUGUACCUGUCUUAUCUUGGCACAGUCGAAGGGAGACUCGAGUAUUUCUGGUGCUUCCAACGCGGGGGUUAUAGCCCAAAAAGAUAAAAGGCUGCGGGCACCUUUACUAUGGCCUACUACCCUCCAUCAAAUCACAACAAAGUUUUGGCUCUUGUUUCUUCUUCUUCUCAUCCCGAUCUGUUGCUUUUACCCCACCCAUCAGCUCGUUCUUAUCAGCGGAGCCGAUUUCCGCCUUCCACAUGCCUCCCUCGGAAAACAUCACACCUGUCUCCCCAAGUCUCCAUCCUCGCAAACUUUUUAUAAAGGACUGCAGCAUUUUGCCUCCCCGUCUCUCCCACUACAUUCCACCCUAGAGGGAAAAGAGCCAAAAGUCCUUCUCCACGAUUAUUGUCGCUUCAAGCCUCCCCCACAUUUUUUACUAUCUCGUUUAUAAUGGCGCCUAAAAACCGGUCGUGUCCCAACCUGUUCCCUUCCCGUCUCUCGUACGAUGAAGAAGGCAAAGCUACCAACAUUAAGCUGCUGUCACUGGGGCGCCCGCAUAUGCGGUCGUUCCAUUUGGCAUGGCUCGGAUUUUUUGCUGCAUUUACGGCAUGGUUUGCCCUCAACCCGCUGUUGAAGAAGACGAUCGGACCCGAUUUGGGCUUGACUGAGAAGCAGGUUGCCAUGUCUGAUAUCGCCAAUGUAGCUUCGACUGUUGUCUUUCGGAUCCUUGUCGGCCCGCUUGUCGACAAGCUUGGUCCUCGCCGUGUCAUGUCCCUUGUUCUCGCUCUUGGAUGUAUCCCUCUUGGUCUUGUCGGGCUUGUUUCCAGUGCGACAGGACUAAUUGUCAUUCGGUUAUUUAUUGGUUUACUCGGCUCAACAUUUGUGGCUUGCCAAUACUGGACAACCGCCAUGUUCUCUCGUAACGUUGUCGGCAGCGCGAACGCCAUUGCCGGAGGAUGGGGAAACAUGGGAGGUGGUGCAACUUACCUGCUUAUGCCGCAAGUGAUGAAUGGGUUCGUUUCUGCUGGCUUGAGCAAGCAUGAUGCUUGGCGAGUUUCGCUUGUCGUGCCUGUCGCCAUUUGUCUCCUCGUCUCGGCCAUGUGCUACUUUCUGGGGGAUGACAAGCCCAACUCUCGCUCCCUCCCUAUGCACAUCGAUUCAAAGCCAAGCGAGUCCACCAUGGGUCCUGAAGGCACUGAUAUACCCAAACAAGCGGAAGACACCGCAAUCAUUCCCGUUGAACCAAAGGACGCCGGCCUCGCAACGUCAGCUAGCAAUAUACCAGUAUACAAGAUUAUGAUGACCGCCUUGACGAACCACAAUGUUCCCUUGUUGAUGAUGCAGUAUGCCUGCUGCUUUGGUGUCGAACUGGCUGUCGACUCUGUCAUAUCAAAGUAUUUUAUCAACCACUUUAAGCUUGACCAAACCAUUGCCGGUUACCUCGCCUCCAUUUUCGGAAUGAUGAACCUGUUUUCCCGCGCGUCGGGAGGUUUUCUUUCGGACUGGGCAGCAAGCAAAUGGGGAAUGAAAGGUCGUCUUCGCGUCCAGAGCUUGGGCUUCCUUUGCAGUUCUGCGUGCCUUAUCGGAUUCAGCUUUGCACCUAGUCUUUCCACCAGCGUGGUAUCCCUUGUCCUGUUUUCCUACUUUGUGCAAGCCGGGUGUGGUUCGACUUUUGGUAUCGUUCCCUUUGUGAUUCCUCACAUUAUGGGCGCGGUUAGUGGACUGGUUGGUGCCGGGGGAAAUAUUGGUGGAGCCAUUUUCAAUGCGGUUUUCACCGUCUAUGUAGAUGACUUGAACACGGCAUUUAGGAUUAUGGGAUUUGUGGUGUUCGUAUGCGGGGCGAUUCUCAAUUUCUUUGUUCGCAUCCGUGGGGAGUCUGUUAUUACAUUGUGGAAACGGGGAUAGCUAUGGCUUAUCCGUGAUGUAUUUUUUUAUUGUUUAUAUUUGAAGGCACAUAUAUUGCAAGGGACAUUGAAAAUAUACGAGGUGUUAACCCUUUC